AAGACUGGUGAAGACAAAACAGGCUGAGAAGACUUAAGUGUGUGCUGUACUGAAUUGCAAUGUGUGAAUUAGCAAAGCGCUACAGUUAUUUGAAGUUACGAGCUGUGUGCAUAAGAGUUCAAUAAACUCAAUUAACAAUCAAAACUUCGUCUAUGUUCACACUCAUACACGCGACAAUAUCAAAACGGAAACUUACACGAUAAAAUGAUCACUUUGAGCAUUACGGAUAGAGUAACCAAGUUGUGACCAUAAGCGAUAUUUGUAACCGAUUACAUUUAAUUUUCAUGGAGCACAGAGGCUUGGGCGUACAUUAAGUAAUAGGAAAUAUCUGAAAGAUCAAAUGUCCGUAAGUGAAUCACGCGCACAAUCAGGACAUAAUAUUUAAAUUCCAGUAUAAUAAGGUCUGUCUUAGGAGGAAUAUAACAGUUACGCUGAGUGGAGAACUAAAAUUUGGAGCAGAAUGUGUGGAUCGCUUGAAUAUGACAAAUAAAUUCAUAAAUGUGUAGUGAAUAGCAAGAAAAAACAUAAGUCAUUAUCUACGGAGUGUCAGGAACAUGGCUGGUGACAAGCUUCCGAGCGUGGAGCUGUAUGAGAACAAUCCCACCAUCAAGGUUAACCUUUCAGACAUUACUAAGGGAAAGAAGGUUGUGAUUUUUGCAGUGCCUGGGGCCUUCACACCUGGCUGCUCCAAGACUCACCUCCCAGGUUAUGUAAGCAAGGCGGAUGAACUGAAACAAAAAGGCGUGAAAGAAAUCAUCUGUAUUUCUGUCAAUGAUCCAUUUGUUAUGGAAGCCUGGGGUAAAGAACAUAAAGUGGAAGGGAAAGUUCGGAUGCUUGCUGAUCCCAAUGCUGCAUUCACAAAGGCUGUGGACCUGUCAACUGAUUUGCCACCACUUGGUGGAACUCGAUCAAAGCGAUACUCAAUGGUUGUUGAAGAUGGUGUUGUUAAGUCCAUCAACGUGGAACCUGACGGCACAGGACUAACAUGUUCAUUGGCUGAUAAAAUUAAUUUGAAUGUCUAAAUGCAUUCAAACAGUUGUGAUUGCCUUUGUAUGCUCUGCUCAAGAAGAUGAAAUGCAUCACAGUAGCAAGACCUACCUUAAUGAAAGUCAUCAGCAAAUGUAAAAUGUUACCUCCCAGAGUUCAUUCGUAACUUCUGUGUAGUGCUGUAAAGGAAGAAUCCAAGCAGUAUACUUCCAAGAAAAAUGGCAGUGCUUUGCAUGUGAAACAUUGCACAGAUGUGUGUGUUUAUCAUAGUCUGUUACAUUUACUGCUUUCAUAUAAUACACCAUAAGAAUGGGAUAGAAAUUUCAGUACCAUCUGGGGAAUUUUUUGAUCUUAAAUUGAAAUUCUGUAUACCGCUUAACACUCAUUAUCUGAUACAACUGCCACUUUGGAUUCCAGCUUACAGUUAUCUUCUCAUGGCACAGUGAAAUCCCAUUGUAAUGUUCCUGCAUUUAGUGAAAUUUUGUAUAAAUUUUUGGCUCCAGCCAAUGCCACUGUAAAGAAUGUUUCAUUUUCCCAUAUUUACUGAAUUUUAGUUCUGUAAAUAAUCCAUGUUUAGUGCGAGAAAUGUUUGACCUUUCAGAAUUCAUGCCACUUCACUGAGAUUCUGGUCUAGACAACAAUCAAUAUUCAUGUUUUCUCUCUGCCAGAAAUUGCAACUACACAAACAUAAUCUUUGGUGAGUGAUGUCACAUACUGAAUAUGGAUGAAAGCCACAUCACUCUUGGCAUCAUAAUUACUGUGAUUCUCAGCUGAGAUUCUUUCAUUAUUCACUUCAUAUGUCAUUAAUUAUUGUAUAAAUUAAUUUUAUGGCAUUGGGUAUAACUGUAUUAAUUUGUGUAUAAAUACAAUUUUAUCAACUACUUCUGUCAAGAAUUUUUUUUUUAAGCUUUAUGAGGAGAAGAAAAUUGUCUUGAUGUAAUUUUACAUUUUACAUAACCCACAGUUAGUUAAGACCUUGAGUCACUGAAGAAAGCCAGUACCCCCAAAGAUUCAUAAAAUGAGAUUUCACAGUAUUAGCCAAAAAUUGUGCUGUUGGUGGUAAAAUAUAUAAAUCGUUCAUAAACUGUUCCAUUUAAACAAAAGCGUUCCAAAUAGAAGUCAUUAAGCCUACUUUCUUAUUUCACUGACUUCUAGUUCUACAAAUCUCUUGUUAUGAAUAUUAUAUUUCCGUAAUGUAAAUUUGUAAUCAAAAUGAAGUGAAAGUUAGUGUAUGAGCCAGGCUGCUGGACACAUGUAUGAAUGGUCAUACAGUCAUAUUCUGGUAACAUAUAAUGGUUGCAGUUGUACCAUUACAGAAGGUGAUUAUGAUGAUUAAUAAUAAAUAAAUUUGUUUCAUUUUCUGGAAAAA